AUGGCCCCCUUGGCGUCUUCGCCAAUUGCUUCGUAUAUUGAGAGAACGCCACUCCGAUACAGCACCAACUCCGACGACAGCUUCUGUGAUGCCCAAAGUAACAACUUCAACUCGGUCGAAGCGUUGAUGAAAGGAAUGCUCUUCAAGCGAGGUCAAGGUGGGCUGUUCCACCGCAAAACCUGGAAACUUCGGCAUGUAGUCCUCACGAGCUCCACGUUGCGGUACUAUGAACUCGAUGUCCGAAAAGGCGAGCUCGAUUUGCGCGACUGUUCGCCUAAGUCUAUCCAAGUGCUACCUCGCGACGCCACGUACACCGGCACCAAUGGCACGCUGUGGCGGUUUGCAGUUCAAACCCCCAAGCGACGUAUGCUGUUUUCUGCUGCAAGUGAAAUGGAGAUGAACGUGUGGGUGCGACACCUCCACUUGGCUCUGGCCAUUCAGCGAAGCGACUUCACGACAAUCCAACGCUUGGCAACACUGCAGUCGAGGAACUCCGCCCGCGUGCCGUCGUCACCUCGACCACGCAACAGCGGGAUAGGGGGAACCCCACCCACGCUUUCUCCGAGGGGCGCGCUGCCGGACGGCAGCCACGCUGUCGUGUUACGGGCCUAUCGGAAGCGCACGAAUGAAAUGGAAGCGUUCGUUCAAGCAGUUGUAAGCAAGAGCUGCGAACUAUCAGACAUGUGAAGUGGCGUUUUGAGCGUCGACGGACAUAAGAUUGCUCGAAGGAAAGCUGUCGAAUGCCUUCCAGCAUAGAUUCAAAUCAAUAUAUUAACGUAAGCGUUAG